AAGGUGCCAGCGAGCAGGAGCACCGAGUACUGCCGCUACGGCACAAGCGCCGAGCAGCCUCCUGCAGCAGCAAAGCGCGCUCUUCGCCAAGCCGGUGACUCGCCGCGGCGCUUUGCAGCAGAGCCAGCCCGAGCCCGCGGCGCCCGCCUAGCCUUGCCGCAGCGGCGCCGGCUCUGCCUCCGACAGCCCCCCUCCCCACGCUGGGCCGUGACCGCCCGCCCCCUCCCCACGGAAUCUUUUUUUUUUUAAAGACAGACGCCGGAGCUGUGAUCUUUGCAGUAACGGACACCAUUUUGUGGCUGGAGGCUUCCUGACUUGGGCAGCCCCGGGGAUUGCUGCAUGCGGAGGAGAGCUCGCCAGCCGCCAGGGGAACCUGUUGGGCACCGCGUUGGGGAAGUCGCCCAGCUGCGGCACUUCGCCCUCGGAUUGGGGAUUGCUGCGGCGUCCCUGGGAAUCGGGUCGUGCGCGGCAGCGGCAGCCUUGGGAGGAGGGAACUUGGAGUUGGUGCGGGAGCAACCGCAGCGGCAACCGCAGCAGCAGGCGAAGGGGGAUUGGACCUUGCGCAUCCCCAUCCCUGGGUGGAGGCGAAGGAGAUUUGCACCUUUGCGUCAGCGGCGGGAAGAGAAGGGGAUUUGGACCUUUGCAACAGCAGCGUCCCUGUCAGGAGGAGGAGGAGCUGACAUUAUCUCUACAGUAGAAUUCAACCACACAGGAGAAUUACUAGCGACAGGGGACAAGGGGGGUCGCGUUGUAAUAUUUCAGCGUGAGCAGGAGAGCAAAAAUCAGCCCCAUCGCAGGGGAGAAUAUAAUGUUUACAGCACAUUCCAGAGCCAUGAACCUGAGUUCGAUUACCUGAAGAGCUUAGAGAUAGAGGAGAAGAUCAAUAAAAUACGAUGGCUCCCCCAGCAAAAUGCAGCCUACUUCCUUCUCUCCACAAAUGAUAAAACUGUGAAACUAUGGAAAGUUAGCGAACGAGAUAAAAGACCAGAAGGCUAUAAUCUCAAAGAUGAAGAUGGACGACUCCGAGACCCCUCCACAAUUACCACGCUGCGGGUACCUGUGCUAAGGCCCAUGGAUUUAAUGGUGGAAGCGACUCCCAGAAGGGUUUUCGCAAAUGCGCACACGUAUCACAUCAACUCCAUAUCUGUUAACAGUGACUAUGAAACAUACAUGUCAGCGGAUGAUUUGAGGAUAAACUUAUGGAACUUUGAAAUAAUCGAUCAAAGUUUUAAUAUUGUAGAUAUAAAACCAGCAAACAUGGAGGAGCUGACGGAAGUGAUUACAGCUGCAGAGUUUCAUCCACACCAUUGCAACACCUUUGUCUACAGCAGCAGCAAAGGGACAAUAAGAUUAUGUGACAUGAGAGCAUCUGCCCUGUGUGACAAGCACUCCAAAUUUUUUGAAGAGCCCGAAGACCCGAGUAACAGGUCGUUUUUUUCUGAGAUCAUCUCUUCUAUUUCUGAUGUUAAGUUCAGCCACAGCGGGAGGUACAUCAUGACUAGGGACUAUCUCACAGUGAAGGUGUGGGACCUGAACAUGGAGAACAGGCCUAUUGAGACAUACCAGGUUCAUGAUUACCUCCGCAGCAAAUUGUGUUCCCUGUACGAGAAUGAUUGCAUUUUUGAUAAAUUUGAAUGUGUGUGGAACGGGUCAGACAGCGUCAUCAUGACUGGUUCCUACAACAAUUUCUUUAGAAUGUUUGACCGCAACACCAAGCGUGAUGUGACCCUGGAGGCCUCGAGAGAAAACAGCAAACCCCGCGCCAUCCUCAAACCCCGCAAAGUCUGUGUUGGGGGCAAAAGGAGAAAAGACGAAAUUAGCGUGGACAGUCUGGACUUUAGCAAAAAGAUCCUGCAUACAGCUUGGCAUCCUUCAGAAAAUAUCAUAGCGGUGGCAGCAACAAAUAACCUGUAUAUAUUUCAGGACAAGGUUAACUAGGAGGGAAAAAAGAUAAUUCUUUAGGAAUCUUAUGUACUGAAUACUAGCAAACAUAAGGUUUUAAAUGUUUCUUCUGUUUUCUUCUCCUCCUUGUUUGUUUCAUUAUUCCUCUGCAGAUGUUAAUUAUGUAGAGGUAAGCACUCAGAUUCCAGACUCAUUGCUUUCCUCCAAACAUUAAGAAAUUAGGUUGACAAAACCUAUUAGGAACAUUUUACUUAUCAUUGUUAAGAGUCACACCAAGUUACACUAUUAAUUCAGUAGCAAGCUUGAAUUAACGUAAAGUUUCUUUUAUUUUUCCCAGUCCUCACUAGAGGUUUUUAAGGUAUUUUAUGAUGUUCUAGACAUCUGCCAAUUUAAAUUAACAUUACAAAUAUAUAUAUUUACAAAAGUGUCAAACAGGCCAUAAAACAAGAAUUUGAUAUGUUAAGGUUAAGCUUUGUUGUUAUGAUUUUUGAAGAUACUCAUUUCCUUUUAUAUGCUCUCUUAACAAACAGGAAUUCAGGUUCCAUUGCCAGUUCAUUCUUUGUAAUUGUCCAUUGUCCCAUUUCAGCUGGCAUAUUCCUUUUGUCAACUCAGGGCCUUUCCAGCUUAACAUUUGUUGUGCGUGUUAAUGGCACAAUAAAUGUGUUGAUGUAACUCAGUUGUUGAGAAAAAUGCAAAUAGUUUUUUGUCCUAACUAGUUCAUGUAUUGCAGAGACACAGUAUUUUGUUCUGGAAAAAUGGUGUUCUCCCCUACCCUUCCUCAGCUAGAGGAUACAUUGCAUAUUGAAGUGCCAUGUUAUAUUUUGAUUAUGGCCAGCAUCUAUUGGCUACUAUCCAUUACAUCACUGGGGGGUCAGACACACUGUUCUACCAUGACUGUACCAUCCACUUACUUUUGGAAGGGUUCAAUCUAGCUAUGCUUUACACACCACUGAUUCCAAUGGAAGAUAUUUGAGUAUUUGUUUAACUUUCAUUGAAAUAAAAUAUACAAUAUAUUUGGCUGUAUAACAUUCAGAAUCUCUUCUGUGUUACUCUAGCCAAUGUACUUUUGUAGACUUUAAAAGCCCUGCUAACAUCAAGAGCUAUUAUUUUGCCUCACAAAUCAAACUGAUUCUCAUGUUCUGUUUCUCUUUAAAGUAGUUUUUGAAUAUGUCUUUUUCUGCCCCCUUGCUAAAAAAUCUACCUUGCUUAAUUUUUUAAAAGAAAAAUACCCACUGCAUUAAAAUAUCUCAUGCCUGUCUAGCAUAGCUCUAUCUCCAGCAGCAAGGCCACCCUAUUUCAUUACAUGUGAAUAGAACAGUGUGUUCUUAGUAGUAGAUCCAUGCAGGUUCUACAGAAGGAGGGGGGGAGAGAAUCUCAUUUUAGGAAUAUGUUCUGUGUGUUUGGAAAGGUCCUUUUACAGAAAAAAACCAAAUCUAAGAUAGAAGGAAAAGGUAUACAGUAGGAACAUUUAGACCCAUCAUUCACUGUUUUAAAGGUUGUUCUCUUCCUUCAUACGUCCCACAAACAGCCUCGUAUGGGCUUGGCUGUGAUGAUCCUGUGGUGCCUUUUGCUGGUAUAUGAAAUACCUUAGAAACAAUGCUUCCAAAUUUGCAAUUCUUGCAAAACAAAAUGAAUCUGAGCUUUCUUCUGCAAUUCCUGUGUUGUCAUUUUUUUUGGUUUGGAUCUAGCUUCCACCCCCACCCCUCACCCCCUUGCUCCUUUGGUCAAGAGAACUUGAUCAUACUCUCUUAAUUUCUUGCAUGUCAUAAAUGUGUUGCGACUUUUCUUCCUCUCCUUUUUAGUUGUGUGUUUCAAAAAGAUUUAUUAUUUAUUUAUUUAUUUAUUUAUUUGAACAUCGUUUUUUCUCCCCUUCUCUUUUGAAAAGAUGAACUCUUUAGUACUUUUAUGGCAUUUGAAACAGACAAAAAAGAUAACCAAACCAACAUGUAUUACUAUUAUUGCCUGGCUGCUUUCUAAGAGAGGUUGUCCAUGGUUCUUCAGUAUGAAGAUAAGCUACACUAGCUCUUCGUCCUUGCAUGGUAAACUGCUCUGUUCUGCUACAAGGAUAAUGCAAGUCCCUUCUUUAUUUGAACAAUUGAUCAAUUGGGUGAAAAUAAAGUUAAAUUUUUAAAAAAGGAAUUGCAAUCAGAGAACAGAACCCACAAGAAAUAAAAAUCAACAUUUCUUUUUCAAAAGAGGGAUAUUUGAAGAUCAAUGUGUUUUUUCUGAUUGUGAAAAGUGGGGCUGUAGCUCCACUGUGUAUGAUUGCUGCCAUGAAGUGUACAAGAAUUUCCACAUACACUCUUCACUAAAGGAUGAGAGGAAGCCCACGUUUUGCUGUACUGGCCUAUCAACUCUUGUACCUCACCAAUAAGACUGGCUGCAGCUUUCUCAAGAGACAUCUCAAGGCCACACCGAGCCUUGGUGGACAUGGAUUUCAUCAUGGGGAGGGGGGAAAAGGAAAAUCUUCAAAUAUUUGGAACGAAGCUUUUAAUUGCUAAUAAGCUACUUUAUAAUCUGUCUACUCUUUGUGGGAAAUCUGAGGACAGGGACAAACUAGAUUUGCCUUGUUUAAAAGAAUGAUUACAGGACAAAAAGUAUGCUGGCUUAUGAAUUUAUUACAAGCAAUGGCUUUCAGGAGUAACCUCUUUUUUUAAAAAAAAACACACACCCUGAAAUGAUAAAAUAUAGCAGGAGUUAAUGAGUCAUUUUUCUAAAUAAAAACAGUUCUUUUUUUCUGCCUGUAAAGAAAGCCUGCACUCUGGUAACAGAAGUAAAACUGUCUCCAAGAUGCUUUAGUGUGGAGUUGCUGAUUUCCAGAUGCUGAGGAACCAAACUUAUGAUCAACCACGGCAAGACCUAAAGGGUUUGUUCUUGCCAAAAAUAUCACCUAGAUUCAGUGACCUCCCACUUCACUUGAGCCUCACAUAUGUUCCUAAGACCAGAGGAUAAACGUGACAGGUAUAAAGGGAGAGAUUAACUUGCUGGGUAAAAACCAAGGUUCAUUUAAUCUGGCAUUCAGCUGCCAACCAGAUGGCCUUGGGACGCUCUCACAUAGGACACUGAAGGUAAUGUCUCCAGUUGUUUGCCCCCAGCAUCAAGUAAUGAAAGUGCAGAGUCUAUAUUAGGAUUAUAGAAUAAGAUAAAUGGUUACAGUAAUGAUCCAGAGAAUCCAUUUAGAUGCAUGAGAGGACUUUGAAUGCAUGCAACAGGGUUUCAGAUUUCCCAAUAUGAGCUUAUUUUCACUGUGUAAUAAGCUACUUUAGAAACUCUGAGAAGAGUUUCAAAGGUGGGAUAUCCAGCAGAGUGGAGAGCUGUUACCAGAAUAAUACCAAAACCUACUGCAUGCACAAGAGCUUACAGCGCAGUCCUAUGGAUCUUAUCCUCUAAGUGUAUCCUUGAUAGUACCAGUCUCGGUGCUGUGUUCAAAGGGGCCAGAUUGUCUCCCUUCAUCCCUUUCCUUUUAAGGAUUUCCCAGUGAGUACAGUAUACAUAAGUACUCAGGACUAUGUAAUGAAGACUCCGGGAGGCUAUAUGGUUAUAUGAUAGCAAAGGACAACCUCAUAUGAGAUCAAACACAGAUUCUCAAGGAGCACAAAGUUUCUUCACAGUCUUAGCAUUAUCUCAUGACAGUGUAUCCAGACCUUGGUGCAUGUAGUCCAAUGCAUUUCUUUGUCCCAGCUUAUAGCAGAGUUAGGAUUUAUAUUGUUAAGAAAGCUUGUGGAAAUGGCAUCCUCAUGGGCUACAUACAACCUCAGGAGGGUUAUUUAUUGUUGCAUGGGUAAAAGUGUCCAAGUUCACCACCCAUCCAUCAGUGUCCUGCAUGGUAUUGUUGAAGGCAUUCACGGCUGGAUUCAACUGGUUGUGGGCUUUCCGGGCUAUGUGGCCAUGGUCUGGUAGAUCUUGUUCCUAACAUUUUGCCGGCAUCUGUGGCUGGCAUCUUCAGAGGUGUAUCACAGAGAGAAGUGUGUUACACACUGUGUCCUGCAUAGUGUUUACUAUCUUUUCUAGCUAUUUCCACAGCUGCAUCACCACUCAGUCUGCUAAAAGUUUUGCUUUGCCCACAAGUAAAACUCCACAGCAUUAGGGGUAAUAGCAGUGCUGGUCAAAGUAUGUCCUUGAAGAUGAUAAAGAAACAAGAAAUUCAAGGUUUGGGGAAGCACUGUAGUCAAACCAAAAACCCAAAGCAUGGUUUGGAGGGCAAAGUCAAACAUUGCACAUCAGAAGAGAAGUUUGAAGGAGUAAAUAGAAGGUGAGUCCAUAGAGUCCAUGUGUGGAAGAAGGCUAAGUUGAGUAUAUAAUACCUGAAACCAUUUCUGUGGCUCUUAAACCUGCCAAUCCCAUCUUUGGAAAAUAGGUUACUGCUGUAUGCAAAAGUAGCAUAAGCAUUACUUUGUAGUUUCAAAUACCAUGGGAUUUUUGUGCGUUAUUACUGAUUGGGUCAGUUGAUACAUUGUAUUACCCCAACAAACAGCAGGGACUACUGGGUUUUCCAACUAUUAGAAGUGAUUAUCAUGGAGCAGAUCAUUUACAUCUGUUUGUUCUAGCAGCAGCAUCUUAUGCCAUCACCACUCAGAGAUGACUUGUAUAAAGUGGUUGGUAGGUUGAUGAAGUGCAAGAAUAAAACUGUUUUGUCUGGGAUGGUCAUCUCCAUUUCCUUGCUGUGUAUCACAAAUUUGAAAUGUUUGCUGGUUACUUCUCUGGCAACAAAGAGGCUGACUUGAUGACAUAGGACAGUUUGCUGAAGCUCUUGGUCAAAGUCCUCAAAAGAAUCCCAUAACAUUAAAAUGGCCAUGAAGUGUUAAGUUUCUACACUGGCUCGUUUCUUGAAUGCUGCCUUAUUUCAGAGAUCUUGAAGAGCUCUAUAAAGGGAAGACACUUAUUCUAUUAUGGCCCAUUUAGAUAAUGCAGUGUGUGUGAGUGAGACAUGGUAUAAUUCAUUGUUAAAGACAGUUUCGUGGAGUACCAUAAAGUGUACCCAAGCUAUGACAGCUUAUAAUCAAUACUGUGCUCACUGAUGCAGGAAGCUGCAUUAUCACAUCCUAGAUAUUACCCCUGCGGCCCAGCCCCAGCACUAAAUAUCUCCAAUAACAAGGCUACACGAAGUGACAAGGGCUAUUAUUUUUAACCUGCAGCCUAAACCUCUCUGAAAAGCCAAGCUGCCAAAAAUCUUCCAUUUGAGUUUAUUAGGGGCAGCCUCCUCAAUCCCAUUGUAAUCCCAUUUAAGGAGUCAAACACUUGGCAGUUCUGUUUAGAUGGGUUGCCAUGCUGCACGUUGGUUUAAUGAGAGAGGUGAAGUGUGGGGUUUCUUUUAUGGUGUUUGUAAUCAUCUUCUACAAGAUGGAAUUUUGAUUUAAAUGUUAUCAGGGAAAAUGUACUCUAAUAAAUUAAACCUUCUUCUCCCA